GGCCCCCGCCCAUUCGUGCGCGCACUGGGCCUAGUUGCGGCUCUGGGCCGGAGCUCAUCAGCGGUUCUGCGGCGCACCCCCCCCAACCGGGGAGCCUCCGUCCGUCAGCCGGGCCACUCCGGCAGCGAGAACGCGGCCGCUUUCUGUCCAGUCCCUUCCCGCGAGCGCCCAGGCGGGACCGAGCGGAGGCUCUGGGAGCCCCAGCCCCUCCCCAGGGCGUGGGGGACGCGCGACCCUCUCGGAAAAGGGCAGGGAAGGGCGCGAGGUGGGGCGGGGUGACCCCCAGGAGGGCAGGGCUUUUGCUGAAAGAAUGCGGUGCAGAUCAGAAGCAGGAGGCCGCCACGGUAAAAGAAGCGUCUCUCAGUAUGAGUGGCUCCAGUGACAGCACAUUCGUGUUCACAGGAAGGGAAGGCUGUGUUCUGAACGCUGCCCAACUGGCACUGGUUCUCCCUUGGGCCACGGCUUGAGCCACUGCCUCUUCAAAGAGGAUAAAGGUUCACUGAUGGCUCAGUUGGGAGCAAUUGUGGCUGUGGCUACCAGUUUCUUUUGUGCAUCUCUCUUCUCAGCUGUGCACAAGAUAGAAGAGGGACACAUUGGGGUGUAUUACAGAGGCGGUGCCCUGCUGACUUCCACCAGCGGCCCUGGUUUCCAUCUCAUGCUCCCUUUCAUCACAUCAUAUAAGUCUGUGCAGACCACCCUGCAGACAGACGAGGUGAAGAACGUACCUUGUGGAACUAGUGGUGGUGUGAUGAUCUACUUUGACAGAAUUGAAGUGGUGAACUUCCUGGUCCCCAACGCAGUGUAUGACAUAGUGAAGAACUAUACUGCCGACUACGACAAGGCCCUCAUCUUCAACAAGAUCCACCACGAGCUGAACCAGUUCUGCAGUGUACACACGCUUCAAGAGGUCUACAUCGAGCUCUUUGAUCAGAUUGAUGAAAAUCUCAAACUGGCUUUGCAACAGGACCUGACCUCCAUGGCCCCUGGGCUGGUCAUCCAAGCCGUGCGGGUGACCAAGCCCAAUAUACCCGAGGCAAUCCGCAGAAACUACGAGUUGAUGGAAAGCGAGAAGACAAAGCUGCUCAUUGCAGCCCAGAAACAGAAGGUGGUGGAGAAGGAAGCCGAGACAGAGCGGAAGAAGGCCCUCAUUGAGGCAGAAAAAGUGGCUCAGGUUGCAGAAAUCACCUAUGGGCAGAAGGUGAUGGAGAAGGAGACUGAGAAGAAGAUUUCAGAAAUUGAAGAUGCUGCAUUUCUGGCCCGGGAGAAGGCGAAGGCUGAUGCUGAGUGCUACACUGCUAUGAAGAUAGCCGAAGCAAACAAGCUGAAGCUGACCCCUGAGUAUCUGCAGCUGAUGAAGUACAAGGCCAUUGCUUCCAACAGCAAGAUUUACUUUGGCAAGGACAUCCCUAACAUGUUCGUGGACUCUGCAGGCGGUCUGGGCAAGCAGUUUGAGGGGCUGGCUGACAAGCUGGGUUUUGGCUUAGAAGACGAGCCCUUGGAGGCAGACCCUGAGGAGAAUUGAAAAUUCUUUUUAUACAACCUCAGCUGACACUUACAGAGAUCUUUAUUUUUUAACGAUGAACCAGGAUGCCCCUCCCGCUCAUACUACCUUCUUUGACUCUCUCCCACAUACUGUGGUGAAAAAAGAAGAAAUGGACUUAAAUCUAUUCCCCUUCAUGGGAAGGGAGGGCUGGGAUUGAUGAUUUUGGGUUUUAUUCAGGUAAGUAGGUUAUAUGACUUCUGUUAAGAUUUUUAAAUAUAGGAUUGACCUUUGACCUCCAGGCACUAAUUUUAGCCCUCUGAAGCUGGCUUAAUGAGGGAUGCUGUCCAUAGGAGUGGGAGAAGUACAGGGUGUUGCCUUCAGGUGAUUUGGCUUCCCUUAUUUGGGAAAAUGCGGUCCAAUUUUCUUGUCCCUGCCUCCAAGGUGGGAGAUGCCUGUGGAUGAGGCUCAGCAACUGAGCAAGUAUGUCCUUGUGCGUUUGCCAGGAGAGCUGCGGGGAGUGUGGGCUGCCCUGGCGUUUCUGUCCGUGCAUAAUGGGUGAUUUUAGAGGCACACUUUCUUGAGCCUUCAAGAGCAAGAAUUGGUGCUGGGGUUUGUGAGUUUUUCUACCCACUGCCCUCCCUGCCCUGGGGCUUAAAAAGUGGUGGUUUGUGACUGCAUUUCCAGUCAGGGUUUGGUCACCACCACACACUUCUUUUUAAAGCUUUUCACCUGUUCUGUGAUCUGGUUUUUUUCCUCUCAAUCUGUUCCUGGGUUCCACUCAGCAUCAAGAAGAGAGGAACAAACAACUCCAGGGUGUUAACAGCUGCUGAAGCGGGGCCAUUGUGUCUGUUAGCCACUGUGGUACCUGCUCGGCAAGCUGCCUGUUUCCUUGAGAUCACCUGUCUGUUUAUCGUUGUGGAUAUUCUACACUGAGGGGCUGCUCUGGAGGAAGAAAGUUAUCCGAAAGAUUUCUCAGUCUCAGGGCUCAUGGCUUGUGCCGGGACUUUGUCUGACACAGCGAGGAAAGGGAGCCCGUUCUCUAAGUAGCUAGUGUUUUUAAGUCCAGGGCUGCAGGCGGCCACACAGGUGUCAGAGUGAAUGUUAAACCUCCAGAGUCAGCAAUGUGGGUGCGAGUCCGAGUUCGUGCCCAAGUCCCUGGGUUGGAAUGGCUGCAUCAAAAUUCAUUCAAAUGUUUUCUUUUUCAUUACUAAUUGGGAAAAUUUUGAGUUACUCUGGGAGAUUCGGGAUGGGGGAGAGCAAAUGUGAAAGAAAGUUUCUCUUAUACCCUGGAAUUGGAGUUGGGGGCGGGGGCCCGGCCUCUCUAGCCCAUGAGUUGUGUUGCAGAUUGUUAAGUGAAGGGCGGCUCUCUGGGGUUAAGUGGGAAGCAUACUGGCAUUCUCCAUGACAAGCUCUGGCUUGGGAUUUGGCCUUGUUAUUAGCUACCCGCCCCCCCCCCCAAACUCCCACUGUACCCCUCUUCCCUCGGCAAAACUAUGAAUGAUACUUUGUGACACAGACCCCCACCUCAUUUUUGGUCCCAUGCCCUGACUUCCAGUUUAUCAGAUGGCCCCAGAACUCAGGCCAGCUUGCUCCAAAGUAGCACCAAGCUUGUCGGGAGUUUGUGGAGCAUUCAGCCUGCCUAGGAAGAAACAAAGCAUUAACUCCUCUUAAUUGAAAUGUUGCCCUUCUCUGUUCUAAUUCCUGGGACUUAGAAUUCUCAAACUUGGUCCUGGUCACACUUUGUGCAAGCAGCCAAAUGUUCCCGGGGGGUGAUGGAUUUUCACGUGCUCAUCCUUGCAGAACGUGGGCAGUCUCCCAAGACCAACACAGGGUAUCCAUUAUUAAGACAUAUUCACCCUCCUCCCAUCUCAAUGCCAUCAGUCACUUGUUAAGAGCCACAUGUGACAUCCAGCAUCCCCCAUUUAUGUAUUUGCUCCCUCUACACUGAGAUUUGCUACCUAGGCCUCAGAAAACACUACUUCACCUCAACAGAAUAAGGUGCAAGAAUGUCUCAGCCUCUCUAAUUUGCACGUUGGCUCAGGUUCUUAACUUGAAAGUCUCUCAAUGCUAACCUCCUGCCACUGCUUGUCCCUUGCACUAGGGACACUCUGACCACAGGAGAGCCUCAGUAAAGUCCCACCACACCCACCCCUCGAUGCUGAUGCCGCUUCCUCUUUGAACAAAAAUAUAAAUGUCUCAGUACCCGUUCAUGUAAAUCCAGUGGUUGUCUGUACCUGCCUGAGUAGUAAAAUCAUGGAAUUCAGCUCUUUCCUUACCAUGGGACAACCAGCCAAUCUGUCUGUGUGACUGUUUCUUUAACACCUACUAGAAAAUCUGAUCUUAAAACAUUUGAUUCUAAACAUGUAAAAUGUGACAGCCUGCAGUUUUGUAGGCAGUAAAGUCAUGGCUGCUAUUUAUAAAUGGAACUUCUAUCAAAAUAAGUAACUGUUUAUAAAAUUCAUUUUUUUUGUAGGAUUUUCCAAGGAAAAGUCACCUUGGUUGAAUGUUUCUCACUCAUUAAACUCUGCAGAAGUGAUUCAUAUUCAGUACUGCUUUUAAUCACUUUUUUAAUAUAAGGAAAGAAUGUUUGCAAGGAAGCCAAAGUUUGUUAAUUUUUAUAUGACUAAAAUAAAAUAAAUUUGCAGGGAGGAAAAAAAAAUCACUGAAAGAAUUUUAGCAAUAUAUUGAUCCAAAAAAGCAGAUGUUUUAUAAAUGAUCUGUCGCAAUUUCUAUGGGUCCAUGUAUCUUUUAACACUGAUAACUUUACCACUUAUAGAGAGUAAAUAGUGAAAGUAAGAUGCUCGUAUUUACUGACGUAUCUAAGUUUGAUUGAGGAUAAAAUGUAUCUUGGCUGAUGUCUGCUCUGUGCCUGUGAUCCUAACCACCACUUCUUUAGUUCUCCUCACUAGGGUUCCAGACACUGUUUCUCUUGUUUCCUUAUAAAAGAGGUGGUAGCCAAUCAUUUUGUGUUUGUAUUUCAGCUCUUGUGAAGGCUGGUGAUGGAACAGUCAAACUAAUUCUACUUUCAAAGAGCCCCAAGGGCUUAAUGACCCCCUUUGUAACUAAGAAGUGAUUCUUGUUAUAUUAAUUAACUCUAAAAAUGAUAUGCUGGAUUAAUUUCCUUGGCUUGAGAACAGGAAGAAUUGUUUUGGACAACACUAAAGGCGUGAAUUUAUGUCUUAGUUUUAUUUUCAGUCUUGCUAAAUAAAAUGUCUUUGUAUUUAC